AUGAAUGAAAAAGGAACAGUAAAAACAAAUCAAAAACGUUCAUAUGAAUCUGAACAAAAUUUUUCUUCAAAACGUUCUAAAUAUAAUUUAGUGGAAAUCGAUGAACAGUAUGAUAGUUCAACAAAUGAUACUGAUACUGAAUCAAUAUGUCCUAGUAGUGAUACAGAAGAAUCAAAAAUAGAACAAAAUGAUGAUGAUGAUAGUGAUAUCGAAGAUUUCGAAGAUGAUUCAAAUAUAUCAACAGAUCAAACUCGAUACAAUCCAGUUGUUUUAAAUGAAACAAUUCUUGAACAAAAACUUGCUUUAAGUGGACAUUCAAAAAAAUUAUUAAAACAAUUUAAAUAUCUUUAUGAACAUAGUAAAAGAAAAGCUAUUGAACCAACACAAUCUAUAGAUGAUAAUAUAAAUCAAAGCAAAAAUUUACGUUGGGAAGUAAGAAAUACAUUCAAUCGAAGUGAUCUUCUUAAAGAAGGUUAUGCAGUUCUAUCAGAUGAAUCAUUUCCAUUUUAUUCACUUUGCUAUAUGUGUGGCUCAAUGGGUACGGAUUUAAUUUAUUGCAAUAGCUGUUGUGAAGCUUAUCAUAGAGCUUGUUUAAAUGAAUCAGAAUGUCCUUGUUUAUGUCCUACACCUGAAUCAUGGUUAUGUCCGAAUUGUAUUGUAUGUAAUAUAUGUGGUUUAGUAAAAGAUUCUCAAUUAAUAUCUUGUUCGGAUUGUAAAAGAAUAUUUCAUAUCAAAUGUAUAAAACAAUCAAAAGAUGAGCAACAAUAUCAAAAUAUUCGUAAUCAAAUAUGGUUUUGUCCAUUAUGUAUUAAAUGUGAUUGUGGACAAACAUUAAUAUCAAAUGAACAAAAUCUUUUAUCAUUAACAAAAUCAUUUUCAUCUCAACAAUCACUUAUGUGUUCCGAUUGUUUAAAUAAUAUGAAAAUAAUUCGUACAAAUAAAACAAAUCAAAUUGAAAAAUGUCAUUUAUGUGAAAAAUUUAUUGAACAAUUUCUUACAAAACCUAAACCAUUAUUUUCAUUAACAUUAAUCGGUAAUCAGUCACAACAAAAAAUUCAAAAUUUAUUACAAUGUAUUAAAUGUAAACAUCGUUUUCAUCCAAAAUGUGAUGAAUAUUUAAAUGAAGAUGUUAUAUUAAUACCAUAUAUUAAAAAUAUAUCUACAAAUAUUAUUUGUUCAAAAUGUGAUUAUAAUCAAAAAGAAAAUAUUAAAAAAUCUUUAAUAAAUUAUAAACUUCAAGGUAAUUAA